GCAUUUAGACCGGGUGAAGUUGAUUUAGUUGAAGAACAACGAAUAGCUAAUUUUGAAUCUAUCACAUUACCUGAUAAUAUUACGGAGUUUGAUAUAUUAUUACCAGAUCCUAGUCUUAAUAUCAAACAAUGGACUGAUAUAACACCGGUUGCAACUACAAGUUCAUCAAACAUCUCCAGACCACAAGACAUUACUAUAAGAGACAAUUUUGAUGUUUCAUUAACUUCAAAUAUUGGGGAUGAUUUAUUAGGUGAUGCUUUCGAUACAGAAGAUGGUCGAGGUCUGGAUCUUGAUUUAGAUGAUGAAUUCGAUUCGAAGACGCAUGGUCACGAUGCCAGGUCUGAAAGUAACGAUGGAUCUGUUGAUAUUGAAAUGGCGAGAGAUGCACAACCUGAAUUGUCGAUGACAAUAGAAGAUGUAAUUGGUAGUGGUAGUAAAAAUGCCGUUGAAGAUGACCCAUUAAUGAUAAUAGAUGAUGGUCCUGAAUUAAAUCUUAUGGAUGAUAAUCUAUUGGACGACAAUCUCAUAGAAGAUACUGUAGAUAUGCCAACUUUAGAUAUUGGUAGACCAUCAUCAGAAAGUCUUGAAACAAGACCACUAGAAAUAGAUGUUAAUCUUGAUACAAAUGUUACAAAUUUAGUAGAGGAAAUUACGACUACUGUUACAAAUGUAGAGGAAAUUACGACUACUGUUACAACUACAGAAAUUGAUAAUGAUAAACAACCGACUAUUACAAUCACGGAUGAAAUUCAAAAUCAGGAAGAUGAAACUGUUCAAGAAACUAUGAGGUUUACUCCAUUGUCUCCACGAAGUCCUGAACAAGAAGUUCCUGAAUUAUUUCAGGAUGAGGUUAUUCAAUCUGCAACACCAAAUCGCAGAAAGCGUAAAUUAAUCGUAGAUGAAGUGACUGAAUUACCAAAUAGACAUAUCGCAAACCAAAUCAAGGAUACUUCUGAUAUUUUGAUUACG